AUGCCACCGGUGGUUAUUGACACGACAGAGGACAGAAUAUCUCCUUCCUCACAUUCUCCGACGCUGUCGUCGCUUCUCAGUGACCUGGCAGAAAUUAUAGCAGCAUCGAGUGACGAUCCACAGGAGCUGGUUUCUAGCAAUGAGAACCCCAUGCACCAGGCCCUCGUCUUCAGAGAGGCACACGAGAUAGACCGCAUUUUCGGCGACGCGCUCAGUAGGGAUCAUCCAUUAUCAAAGUGUCUCCAUGAAGAAGCUAUCAUGGGAUUCCAUGGAUUACCCUUCUCCAAACACGGAAUCAAUUUGUGCCCUUGGGUGUACAAUGUGUUCACUCUCGACCGAGGCUCUUUACCCGUGACAAGUGUCGAUACUGAUAAAGCCGAAGUGGUACACGUUGAUCCUCGGGAUUCUGUCGAGAAGAAGGGGCGAGCAAAACCGGGAACACACGCCAGACAGCGAAAGCGAGAGGUUGUCCCACCGUUUAAGGAGAAUAAAGAUGAUGGGAAAGAAAACGUGCCGGAAAUCCAUGAAGAACCCACGAAGGAUUCUCUGAGGUGGAUACGAGACUUGCCGCCAAUGAAAUCACCUCUAGCCUCGGCAAAUACUAAGAGGAGCCAGGCAAAAGAGGAUAGGGCCAAGCCAGAUGAAAGGCCGAGCACGCCACUACCUAACGACAAAGUGGAAUGGAUGGAAAAGAUCAUGGAGACAGCAUACUGUAAUAUUGUUCCCCCGAAACCUUACAAGCCCAAGCCCAAUUGA